UUUUCUAUUCUUUUGGAAAAUCUUAUCCUGAUUCCCAUUUUGGUUCCCUCUUCAAGUAAAGUUGAUCUUUUAUUAUUAUUAUUAUUAUUAUUAUUAUUAUUAUUAUUUUGGGUAUAUAUGUAAAGUUGAUAUUUUUAUUCUCAAAUUGAACCAAACGUCAAGAUUUCUGUACCAUUUUGCUGCUAAAUGUAGAUAUCAGCUACUUUGUAAAAAAUCAGUGUGAUUGGGACUGGCUUUUCAAUAGGCAACUGCAACCAUGAUUAUUGGAGUUUGGAUUGUGGUGUUGAUGAUUCUCUCAAAUGGGUUAUCUACAACUGGGGUUGUUUUGGAUAAUUCCACAAUACCUGCUUUUGUAAAUGUUGGAGUUCUAUACUCUUUCAAUACCAGUGUUGGUAGAAUUGUGAAAAUUGCUGUAGAAGCUGCAGUUGAAGAUGUAAAUUCUGAUCCAUCUAUUCUUGGUAAAACUAAGUUGAAGGUCUCACUGCAGGAAGAUUCUAAAUACACAGGCUUUUUGAGCAUUGCUGAGGUAUUGCAACUCAUGGCAACACACACUGUGGCUAUAAUUGGCCCCCAGACCUCUACAACAGCUCAUGUCAUAUCUCACAUAGCAAAUGAGCUACAAGUUCCUCUUCUAUCAUUUUCAGCCACUGACCCUACCCUUUCUUCACUUCAAUUCCCAUUCUUUAUCAGAACUGCUUUUAGCGACAUUUAUCAAAUGACUGCAAUAGCAGACUUUGUAAACCACUUUGGAUGGAGGGAGGUCAUUGCAGUUUAUGGUGAUGACGAUCACGGGAGGAAUGGAAUUGGUGCAUUAGGGGAUAAGCUGGCUGAGAGACGCUGCAAGAUAUCAUUUAAAGCACCUAUGAGUGCUGAGGCAACUAGGGAGGAGAUCACUGAUGUGCUUGUUCAAGUAGCCCUCGCUGAAUCCCGGGUUAUAGUUCUUCACUCAAGUACUACUUGGGGCCCAAAAGUGUUAAGUGUCGCAAAGUCUUUAGGAAUGAUGGAAAAUGGGUAUGUUUGGAUUGCAACUAAUUUUCUGUCUACUCGGUUGGAUAUAGAUAGUCCUCUAUCUUCAGAUGUAACAGAUGACAUUCAAGGAGUCAUUACACUUCGUAUGUAUAUACCAGAUUCAAAGCUCAAGAAAUGGUUUGUUUCUAAGUGGAAAAACUUGACUAUUGGAAAGACUGCUAAUGGUUCCCUUGGUUUGAGUACUUAUGGUAUCUUUGCAUAUGAUACUGUUUAUGUGCUUGCUCAUGCACUUGAGGCAUUUUUCAAACAAGGCAACCAAAUCACUUUUUCAAAUGAUCCAAAGUUAUCUGAACUACGUGGGGACAACAUGCAUCUUGAUGCUGUGAAAAUCUUCAAUGAAGGGAAUCUGUUGCGUAAAAGUAUUUAUGAGGUUAACAUGACUGGUGUAUCAGGUCUGUUUAAGUAUACAUCUGAUGGAAACCUUGUUAAUCCAGCAUAUGAAAUCAUCAAUGUAAUUGGAUCAGGCACUCGGAGGAUUGGUUAUUGGUCCAAUUACACUGGUUUAUCUAUUGUUCCUCCAAAAUCACUGUAUUCAAAGCCACCUAACCGUUCCAGUUCAAGCCAAAAGCUACUCCCUGUGUUUUGGCCAGGAGAAACAACUCAAAAGCCUCGUGGUUGGGUGUUUCCAAACAAUGGAAGGAUGUUAAAAAUUGGAGUGCCAAAAAGAGUUAGUUACCGUGAAUUCAUUUCUCAAGUACAAGGCACUGACAUGUUCAAGGGAUUCUGCAUUGAUGUAUUUCUUUCUGCAGUGAACUUGUUGCCCUAUGCUGUCCCUUAUAAAUUUAUUUCAUAUGGGGAUGGUUACAGCAAUCCUAGUAACACUGAGCUUGUCCGUCUGAUAACGGCGGGUGUCUUUGAUGCUGCAGUAGGUGACAUUACAAUUACUACAGAAAGAACAAAGAUGGUGGAUUUUACUCAGCCAUAUAUUGAGUCUGGUCUAGUAGUUGUAGCAUCAGUUAAGAAGACAGAUUCCAAUGCUUGGGCAUUUUUAACACCGUUCACACCAAAGAUGUGGACUGUCACGGCUGUCUUUUUCCUACUAGUGGGAGCUGUUGUCUGGAUUUUAGAGCAUAGGCUGAAUGAUGAUUUUAGGGGACCUCCCAAGAAACAAGUGGUCACAAUUUUGUGGUUUAGUUUUUCAACUAUGUUUUUUGCUCACAGGGAAAAUACUGUGAGCACUCUUGGUCGCUUUGUGCUGCUUAUCUGGUUAUUUGUAGUUCUUAUUAUUAAUUCAAGUUACACUGCAAGCCUGACUUCAAUCCUCACAGUGCAACAACUUUCUUCACCUGUUAAAGGCAUUGAAAGUUUAGUAAACAGCAAAGAGCCUAUUGGCUAUUUGCAGGGUUCUUUUACUCGAACUUAUUUGAUUGAGGAAAUUGGUAUUGAUGAAUCCAGACUAGUUCCUCUUAAAACAGCAGAAGAAACCACAGAAGCACUGGAAAAAGGUCCACAAAAGGGUGGUGUUGCUGCAUAUGUUGAUGAACGUGCUUACAUCGAGCUCUUCCUUUCUAGCCGCUGUGAUUUUAGUGUUGUAGGUCAAGAGUUCACCAGAAACGGUUGGGGAUUUGCCUUUCCGCGAGACUCACCAUUAGCAGUUGACCUCUCAACUGCCAUAUUGGAGUUGGCAGAGAAUGGUGAUCUACAAAGGAUCCAUGACAAAUGGCUUUUGAACAGUGCUUGCUUAUCACAAGGUGCCAAGCUUGAAGUGGACAGACUCAAUCUGAGAAGCUUUUGGGGCCUCUAUUUAGUGUGUGGAUUGGCAUGUGUGCUUGCUCUCGUCAUAUAUCUUAUUCAGACCAUGAGGCAGUACCAUAAGCACUGUCCUGAGGAAAUUGAAUCUUCUGCUUCUGUUGGGCAAGGCUUAGGAUCUUCACGUUUGAAGACAUUCCUUUCAUUUGUUGAUGAAAAGGAAGAGAUAGUUAAGAGCCGGUCCAAGAGAAAGAAAAUGGAGGGCAUAUCAUACAGAAGCACAAGUGAGGUUGGAUCCUCCAUCUCCUCCAACAAAAGAUAUUCUCAGUCAUCAUCAAACAUUAUUGAUUCAGCUAAUGAAACCUAACUGUUUAUUUGUUCCACAUGAUUUUGAACCCUGUUCUACUAACUAUUUGCGUAUCACUCUUUAAUCUUCAUUUCCUAAUGCAACUGUUUAUUUUUACAUUUGGUUUUCUUUUUCUUAAGUACAUAAGUUUGUAGGAUAUAUCACUUUGUGUGUGACUGUAAUCUAAGAGAGUGGGGGACAAGGUGCCUUUGCAAAUUAUAUUCUUAAUGAUUUAUGUGGGAUACAUAACAUUGAAUGAAAUCAUCUCAAUAUUAUU